UUUUUUGUAUCCCUCACGCUGGGAUGGGCACGGGCAGAGCCUCGGAUCCUGGGAAUGUGGGAAUAUUCCAGGGGCAGCYCUUGCCCUGCUCUCUGGCAGCCUCAGAGAAUCCCAGAAUUUCRGGAAGGAAGGGACCUUAAUACUCGUCUCGUUCCAGCCCCUGCCAUGGGUGGGGACACCUUCCAUGGACCAGAUUCCAGCCCAGCCCUGGACACUUCCCAGGAUUCAAGGGCAGACACAAUUUCUCUGGGAAUUCCAUCCCAGUCCCUUCCCACCCUCCCAGCCAGGAAUUCUUUCCCAAUAUCCCAUCCAUCCCUGCCCUCUGGCAGUGGAAAGCCAUUCCCUGUGUCUGUCCCUCCAUCCCUUAUCCCCAUCCCUCUCCAACUCUCCUGGAGCCACUUUAUGCCCUGGAAGGGGCUCCAAGGAUUCCCUGGAYCCUUCUCUUGAUCCAGGUCCUGUUUCCGCCAUGGAAAAGCGCAGGAAUCCCAUGGGAUCCAGGGACUGGAGAUUUGAGGAGCUUUGAGGCAGCACUUCGGUGGUUCCAGAUCCCCACAAAGUUCCCGGUUCCUGUCUAAUCUUUAACCCAACUGGAUUCGGUCGGAUUGUCACUCUCUUGCCUCGUUAAUUUUUUCCCUCCCUCCGCCGCCUCCCUCUCCGGCCGUUCCUGGCGUUCCGUGGCCUUUUCCUGGUGCUGCUCACACCGGAACUGCCCGGCUGAGGGGAGAGGUAGAGCCGGGGAUGGGAGGGGAGCCGGGAAUUCCAGGGGCUGGGAAAGGGCAGCCAAGGGCGUUAUUUGGGAAUGGUUCUGCAGCGCAUCCAAAGGCUGGAUCCCAGCACAUCCUGAUGGCUGGAGCAGCUGGAACGCCAGCCCAGGAGGCUGCAAAGGCUCUUCCUUCGUGAGCUCUCAGAAUCCUGGGAAUCCCAGAACAUUGGAUCCCUGUGGGACCGAGCUGAUCCCUGGGGCUCCAUUCCAACUUUUCCUGCUCCAGGCACUCCCUGGCAGYAGGGAACAAGGGAUAAUGGAUAUUUUCCCUUCCUUUCCCAGCCCUGAGACGGGAGCRGCCAGCGCCAGGAGCGGGCCACCCUGAUUCCGGGAUCGUCGCUUCGACCCCUCUGGAGCAGCUGCAUUCCCAUGGGAUGAGGCCGGGAGGGGUUUGAGGGCUCAUCCCGAGAGAAGCCGAGCUGGAAAAUCCCCGGGACUCAGAGCCCGACCAUGCGGCUGCUCAGCAUCCACCAAGUGCCCGAGAGCUACCGGGAGCCGGGAAUUCUGUGCGGAUACCGUCCCCCGCGGAGCUCAGCCCGCGCCUGCCUGCGCAGCCUCUUCUGCAUGAACAACGAGACCCUCAACGUGUGGACACACCUGGUGCCCGCCGGGUAUUUCCUGUGGCUGUUCCAGGGCUGGCUCCGGGUGGGCUGGCCAGAUCCCAGGAUUUGGCCAUUCCUGGCAUUCCUGGGCACGUGCUGCCUGUACCCGCUGGCGUCCAGCGCUGCCCACGCCUUCAGCCCCGUGUCCGACCGCGCCCGCCACCUGGGCUACUGCUGCGACUACACUGCCCUCAGCCUCUACAGCCUGGGCUCGGCGCUGGCGUACUCCGCCUACGUUUUCCCGCUGGAAUGGAUCGGGAGCACAUUCCAUGAGUGUUACAUUCCCGUGGCUGUGGUCAACUCCGUCCUCAGCACCGGCCUCUCCUGCUAUUCCCGGUUUCUGGAGGCAGAGCGACCCCAGCUGAGCAAGGCUUCCCGAAUUUCGGCUUUUGUGUAUCCCUACAUUUUCGACAGCAUCCCGCUUUUCUACAGGCUGUGGCGCUGCGGGGCCGGGGGCUGCUCCGAUGGAUCCAUCCCGCUGCACCUCCGGCAUUCCCUGUGCGCGCUCCUCACCUGCACCAUCUUCACCUCCCGCCUGCCCGAGCGCCUGGCCCCGGGACGCUUCGACUACAUCGGGCACAGCCACCAGGUUUUCCAUGUCUUUGGGAUCCUGGGAACGCACUUCCAGCUGGAAGCUGUCUCCAUGGACAUGGCAGAGCGGCGGGGCCGGCUCCCRCUCCCCUCUUCCCUGGAAACCUUUGGAUCCUUGGGAAUGGCUGCCAUCACCAGCCUGGCCAUCAUCAGGAUCUGCUCCCUGGCUCUGCCCCGGGAAAAAUCCCACUAGGAUUCGGGAAUGCUGGGAUCCGUGGGAGCAGCCCCAUCCUGGAGGGGUUGUUGUGGAUGAGGAGGAAUUUUAUUGCAAAUAUUUAUUUGGGAUUUUCCCAAGGGAAAAACUUGCGCUGGUUUUAUCCGCAGGAAAAGUGUCAAAUAUUGGGGAUUUGAUCCCUAAAAAGGGAGGGAAGUGCUCCUGCUUCCCAGAGAAACCAGGAUCCCKGAGGUCUGCCUUGGGGAGGAAUCCAGGGAAUGUUGGUGUCACCAGACAUUCCAACAAUUUGGAGAUUCCUGGUGAAACCGAGGGCUCCCGAAUUUCCAUUUUCCCCUUGGAAGUGGUGUUUUUUGGGAAUUUCAAGCCUUACASUCAGUCCAAGUGCCUGAAAAUGCAGGAUGGAGGGAUCAAAGUUUCUCUCUGGAAUAAAUCCCACUGAUUUUGCUCAUUUCCCAGACAAAGAGAUUCCAGGAGAGCUUCCAUGGGAUGUUMCUGUCAGAAAGCUCUUCCAGGGUCGAAUUCUGGCAAAUCCUGGGAAGUUCAUUCCCAUGGRAAUGCUGAGUUUCCACAUGGGGGAUGGAAUCAGGGAAUUGCAUCCUGUCCCAGGUGUUCCAGGAAUGGGAAUCCUGGGUUGAAUGGAUCCUGGGAAUGAGGGUGGGAGACGGGAAUCUCCCUGGAUUUGGGAUCGCUCCUUUUAGAAAAGGCUUUUCAUGUUUUUCUUGGAUCAGAGAUUGGGAGUGGGAUCCAUGGGGAGAAAAGUUGGAUCUGGGACAGCUCAGGGGUUAAAGGCACCCUGGRAUGUAGAGAAUUCCCAGGAUUUUCCCUCUGCUCAUCCCUCUGUUCUUUGUUUUCCUUCRCUGCUCCUGGAGGUCUCACUCUUUUCCAGGAUCAGGUUUUCCCCUUGGCUUUUCCCGCAGGAACACGGCRCACACAGCUUAUUCCUUGGGAAUAUUAUCCCGGAUAACCGUACGGGUCUUUAAUUAAUUUGCUUUAAUUGCCUUGUCCGAGGCCGGACUGCUGCACUUUGGGAGCUCCUUAAAWGCAGGAUAAUGCACUAAAAUCUGGGAUAAAAGGGUUAAAAAUGAGAUAAAUCAAUCCUUAGGAAAGCUGGCUGRGGUUUCUUGGGAUAUUUAUGAGCACUGGAAUAGUUUCUCCAAGGGUUUUGUGGAAUUGAAUUUAGUAUAAAUCACUGAUGUUCAUCUGCUUCAUCCGGUUUAAUAAAAAUAUUCCUGGGAAAACCAAUCCCUCUGGAGAUAACUGCUGAUAAUUCUGGRGUUUAUUUACUUUGGGAGCUGCUGUGACCAGGCAGGAAUCCGGCUGGGAUUGGAGAGCCUGGAAAAGCCCCAGGAGUCAUCCCAGAAUUAUUCCCGGGCAUUCAACUUUUGACCUGAAAUCCUCUCAUCCUCUCCAGUGACAGGAAUUUUAGGGAAAAAGUGCAUUAAAAGUGAUAAUAGUGAUAUGGGAUGCUGGAAUUCCACAGGAUCCUCUGGCUGAACUCAUGGAAUGGGUGAAGCUGGAUCUUGAAGCAGCACAGCAGGGAUGAAUUUUCCCUGCUUUUUAACAAAAUUCUCUUUAUUUUGCUCCAUUCCCUUCCCAGGAGA